UCAUGUGAGUUGUACUCAUACACCGGCGAGACUGACUCUGCAUAUUGAGUUUAAUAUUCAACAUGGAACCAGUUGUAUUAGUUUUAAUACUUGCAGUUGUGCGUAAUGCCUAUUCAUUGCCUCUGUUCUCAGAGGAAGAGGAAUAUCAGUUCAAAUCUUGGAUGUCUCAGUAUAACAGAGAGUAUGACAUGAAUGAGUAUUACCGGCGACUGCAAACGUUUACAGAGAAUAAGAGGAAAAUUGACCUCCACAAUGCAGGAGAUCACAAAUUUACAAUGGGACUGAACCAGUUCUCAGAUAUGACUUUUGCUGAAUUCAAAAAACACUUCCUCUUGACAGAGCCUCAGAACUGCUCUGCCACAAAAGGAAGUCAUGUGAGUAACAAUGGACCUUACCCAGAUUCAGUUGACUGGAGGAAGAAGGGAAACUUUGUGACCCCUGUAAAGAACCAGGGGCCAUGUGGAAGCUGCUGGACCUUCUCUACAACAGGCUGCCUGGAGUCUGUCACAGCCAUUGCCACAGGAAAACUUCUUGAGUUGGCAGAGCAGCAGUUGGUGGAUUGUGCAGGAGACUUCAAUAAUCAUGGCUGUUCAGGAGGACUCCCUAGUCAGGCGUUUGAAUACAUCCUGUAUAACAAGGGACUGAUGACAGAGGAUGAUUACCCUUAUACUGCUCAGGAUGGCCCCUGUAAGUUUAACCCUAAACUGGCUGCUGCUUUUGUGAAAGAUGUUGUUAACAUAACACUGUAUGAUGAGAUGGGCAUGGUGGAUGCGGUAGCCAGACUCAACCCUGUUAGCUUUGCUUAUGAGGUCACCUCUGACUUCAUGCACUACAAAGGAGGAGUGUACAGUAGUACUGUGUGUCACAACACCACAGACAAGGUGAAUCAUGCAGUGUUGGCUGUGGGGUACAGUGAAGAAAACGGCACACCCUACUGGAUUGUGAAGAAUUCAUGGGGAACCAGUUGGGGAGUGGAUGGAUACUUCUACAUUGAACGUGGAAAGAACAUGUGUGGGCUGGCAGCUUGCUCUUCAUAUCCUUUGGUGUGAACUGGUGAAAACUCAAAGACAACCUAACUGAAGAAGUGAUACUUUUUUUCAAGAACUCUUUUUAAAGUUUACUUUCUCUAAAAUUUUGAAGUAAAUAAAUUUACAGGUAUUAAAUGGGACACUUAACUGAAUAAGGGAAUCACAAGGGUUUUUUUUAAAUCUCAAAACAUGUAAUUGAAACCUGUUCACAAUAACUGACAUGGCUGUCAAACUGUCAGUUUACAUGGAUUUCCUUUUUAAUCACUGAUUCAUGUGAAUUUAACUCAGUGCACGAUGUAUGACUUUCAAAGGAUUCAAUAACAUUUGUCAUAAAUUUAUGUUUGUUGUUGAAAAUAUGUUUGCACAAACUGAUCAUUUUAA